ACUAGGGAGGGGCGAUAGUAACAAAAAAAUCUAUAUUUAUUUUCAAUAAUAGUCGAUACUCCAAUUUUUGCUAUGGCUGACUAUUUUUUUAAAAUUUAUAUUUUUAAACUGAAUUAAUUUUAUAACUAAGUGCCCUCAACUCGAUUUUGUUUUUUCAACAAUUUUUGCGAUUUUUUUUUUACACAAUGAGUUUUUCCAAGCUUUCUCAAUAUUUUUUCAUCAUGAAAUUUAUUCAAACAAGAGUAGAUGUGAGAUCUGUAACAUUGGCGUGUGACUCCUAAUGCUUCUGCGCAAUAGUAACUUGACUAACUGGCACGUGCUCCAGUAGAGACGAUAACAUAAAUGCUGAAUAAUUACAAUCGCACAUUAUUUGCUGUAGAAUAAGCUUUUAAUUUGUUGUUUCACUGAUUUAUGCUUUGUACUGACCAUUUUAUCUAUUUGCAUGAAUUAAAAAAUAAUAUGUCUAUUGUGAUGAAGAGAAAUAUAGAAUUAUUCAUGAAAACUUUCAAUUCAAAAAUAUUGUUCUCCAAAUCAAUGAGUACAGAGACCAAACCAGUUUAUGUCAAACGAAUAUUUUCUGGUAUACAACCCACUGGUUCAAUUCAUUUAGGUAAUUAUUUAGGAGCAGUGAAAGAAUGGGUUAAAUUACAGGAUGAAACAGAAUGUCUCUGGAGUAUAGUAGAUUUACACGCAAUAACUAUGCCACAGGAUGCCGAAACAUUGAGAGGAAACAUAUAUAAAAUGGCGGCAACACUUUUAGCUUGCGGCAUCGACCCACAAAAAAGUAUUAUUUUUCAACAGUCUACUGUAUCAAGACAUACAGAGUUGGCAUGGGUUUUAGGGUGUUCGUUAACAAUGAAAAAACUUGCUCUGUUACCGCAAUUCAAAGAGAAGAGCGAGAAAUUAAAAAAUAUACCUGUAGGUCUAUAUACUUAUCCCAUUCUACAGUCAGCAGAUAUUUUACUUUAUAAAGCAACAGAUGUACCUAUAGGAGAAGAUCAAUUACAACAUCUCCAUUUGGCUCAGCAUUUAGUUAACUAUUUUAAUGGAAGGUUUGGAGAUACAUUUCCUAUGCCUAAUCCUCUAAUAAAUGAAUCGAGUGGCCGUAUUAAAUCUUUAACAGACCCCACGAAAAAAAUGUCUAAGUCAAGUGAUAAAAAAAAAAGUUUCAUCAAAUUGAUUGAUGAGCCAGAAACAAUUAGGAAGUACAUAAAAAAGGCAGUUACUGACUUCACGUCAGAAAUAACUUAUGAACCUAUUGAACGACCCGGUGUAUCAAAUUUAGUAAUGAUUCAUUCACAAAUGCUGGAUAAAUCAACUGAAUUGAUCUGUAAAGAAGCGCAAGGUUUGGAUACCGUACAAUAUAAAUCAUUGGUUGCAGAUGUGAUUAUUGAAAAAUUGACGCCCAUGCGUGAAGAAUACAUGCGAUUGAUGAAUGAACCUGAUUAUGUCAAUUCGGUUUUAAAGAAUGGAUCAUUAAAAGCAUUACCAUUGGCCGAUCAAUGUUGGCACGAAGUCAGAAAAAAAGUUGGAUUUUCAGAUGGAAUUUUAUCAUAAGUAAUUUAGUUUAUGAAGAAAAAAAAAUUAAAUACAUACAUUUUAUUUAAAUAGUACAACAAAAUGAAUAAAUCUUCUGUUUCAAUAACAAAA